UGGCCCAAGCUCUCUCAGCGCUGAGGCCUGGCCAUCGACGCGCAACAACGCUGUGCCUGGUUGCUGGUUGCGAACAACAGCAGCCUUGACUUGCAACGCCAACUCGAGAAGUACAGCAAGACAACGUACGAUUAUCAACCUGCAACCCAUCUUGAGCCUUCCAGACCGGCAUCAUGGCGGACAGAUACUCAUUCUCUCUCACAACAUUCUCGCCCAGCGGCAAGCUGGUUCAGAUCGAGUAUGCGCUCAACGCGGUCAACCAAGGCGUAACAGCCCUGGGCAUCAAGGCCACCAACGGCAUCGUCCUCGCCACGGAAAAGAAGUCGUCCUCCCCGCUCGCCGACCCCUCCUCGCUCGCCAAGAUCAGCCUCAUCACGCCCAACAUCGGCAUGGUGUACAGCGGCAUGGGGCCCGACUACCGGGUGCUGGUGGACCGGGCGCGCAAGGUGUCGCACACGGGGUACAAGCGCAUCUACAACGAGUACCCGCCGACGCGGAUCCUGGUGCAGGACGUGGCGCGCGUCAUGCAGGAGGCCACCCAGUCCGGCGGCGUGCGGCCCUACGGCGUCAGCCUGCUGGUCGCCGGCUGGGACGAGGGCGUCCUGCCGGAGGAGGAGCUCGAGAAGGCCAAGCUGGCCAAGCAGGCGGCGGCCGGCGCGGGUGUGGGUGCGGGGCAGGGCGAGGAGGAGGGGGAGGGUAGCAAGCUGAGCGAUAAGACCGGCGGCAUCCUCAAGGGCGGGCCCAUGCUGUACCAGGUCGACCCUAGCGGGAGUUAUUUCCCGUGGAAGGCCACUGCCAUCGGCAAGAGCGCCACCACGGCGAAGACGUUCCUCGAGAAGAGGUACACUGAGGGGUUGGAGCUGGAGGAUGCGGUACACAUCGCGCUGCUGACGCUCAAGGAGACGAUUGAGGGAGAGAUGAACGGGGAGACGAUCGAGAUCGGCAUCGUCGGCGCCCCCGCAGACCAUCUCCUCGGCGUAGAGGGCGUGGAGGGGGCGGUAGGCCCCCGCUUCCGGAAGCUCACGCCGCAGGAGAUCGAGGACUACCUUACGAAUCUAUGAUUUGGAGCAUGGCGUUCUGACGGGAUGGGUGGAUGAAAUGAUGAGGAUCGGUUUCCGGGGUCCUUUCUCUGCGGGGACA